CGCUUGUUCCUCAGUGAAUCGAACAGUGACUUUACUUCACUUCCUCUGAGCAGCCCUGCGUUCGGUGAUCAGAUGAGAUUGCCGGUUAAAUGCGCGUCUCCAAACGCGGACGCACGGAGAUCGCACGGGAGUCGAGAUUAUUUACUCUCAUCCGAUCUCUUGUAUUCAUUGUCGCUGCGCUGAACACGAAUCUGAAUUACACCAGUAUGAACUAAAUCUCCCCAUCUUUAAGAAAGCAAUCAAUCCACUGAGGAGGGAAGGAAAAGGGAUCAAACUUUGUGCGCAAAAUAAGUUUUUGGGGCUUUCUUUGUGUUACUCUGCAAAGCUUGGUGCGCAACCGGCAGCGUCACACACAAAACGACUUUUUGGGUGGGGGGGGUGAAAUGUGUUCUAUGAAGUGGCAUUCUUUUUUAAAUUGAAAAGCAGUGAUCCGCGUCUUCACGCAGGACUGGUUUGCCUGCUUAAAAUGGACUUGAAAGAGCUGCCGUGGAGGAUGCCAGAGGUCUACCGUUUGGAAACGACACGGGGACAAAACGAGAGCAAGUGAGAAUCCUGGAUAAACAAGCUUCUUCCAGCAUGGCCUCAGUUCUGGACAACAGCUGUUCCAUGGAGCUGAGUGGCUGGAACAGCAGCAGCGUGAGCGGCGCCGGAGCCUCCGUGCCCUGCAACCAGAGCAUCCUGAAGCUCGCCCCUUACUCCCCGGAAGCCACGGCGGCCUUCGCCACCGCCAUAACCUUGAUGGUCAUCUUCACCAUCGUGGGAAACAUCAUGGUCAUCAUCGCGGUCCUGACCAGCCGGGCUCUCCGGGGACCACAGAAUCUGUUCCUCGUGUCUCUGGCCGCGGCGGACAUUCUGGUGGCCACACUCAUCAUCCCCUUCUCCCUGGCCAACGAGCUGCUCGGCUACUGGUACUUCAAAUCCUUGUGGUGCGAGAUCUACCUGGCGCUGGACGUGCUGUUCUGCACCUCCUCCAUCGUGCACCUCUGCGCCAUCUCGCUGGACCGCUACUUGUCGAUUUCCCGGGUGACGUACGGGCGCCAGAGGACCCCCAAACGCAUCAAAGCCGCCAUCGUGGUGGUGUGGCUCAUCUCUGCCACCAUCUCCUUCCCACCCCUGCUCUCGCUGAACAAAAGCGAGGGAGGGGAGGAGGGCAGCGAGAGAGGCCCCCAGUGCCAGCUGAACGACGAGCGCUGGUACAUCCUCUACUCCACCAUCGGCUCCUUCUUCGCCCCGUGCGUCAUCAUGAUCCUGGUCUACGUGAGAAUCUACCAGAUCGCCAAGCAGAGGACGCGCUGCCCGCCGGGAGAGCCCCGGAAGGACGGGGUGGCCUCCGCCAAGCCAGGUCAGCCCCCUCGACACGUGGAAGCCAACGGGAAGGAGGACGAAGAGAGCACGCCCCCUUCAACCAACAAGACCUCCAACACCAGACCACCCACCCUCGCCAUCACCCCUUCCCCUCACCUAGGAGACACUCAAACCACCCAGAAUCCCACCUCCAAUAACCUACUGCAACCUCCAUCCCCUUCUCUAGCCAUGACCCCUCUCAUGACCUCGCUUGACACCUCUCUCCACGGGCCCUCUAGCCCCCCCCCCUCAACGCCAGAGCCCGCCCCUGCCAAGCCUAAUGAGAAGGGGAAGAAGGGGAAGAAGGGCAAGAAGGGCAAGCAGCAGGUGUGGAAAAAAGCCGACAACAACAACGGCGAUAGCUCGAGCACGGAGAGCGACAUGGAGCACAGCCACGGCGGAGGCCGCGGCAGCGGCAGCGGCAGCAUGCCGGGGUCACCGGGCGGGGUCCACUCUCCAGCCUCGGUUAAGCGCUACCGGGAUAUGAUCGUUAACUCGAAGGGGUCUCGGCUGGUGCCCGGGAGGAAGUCCAAAAUAGAGAGCAACCCCGGGGCGGCGAGGCGCAAAGCGAUGGUCAACCGCGAGAAGCGGUUCACAUUCGUCCUGGCUGUGGUCAUCGGCGUCUUCAUGGUGUGCUGGUUCCCGUUCUUCUUCUCCUACUCCCUGCAGGCCGUGUGCCCAGAGACGUGCGCCAUCCCCGGGCCACUCUUCACGUUUUUCUUCUGGAUCGGCUACUGCAACUCCUCGCUCAACCCAGUCAUUUACACCAUCUUCAACAAAGACUUUAGAAAGGCCUUCAAAAAGAUAGUGUGCAGAAGCACCAAGGGUACUUUCUUUUAGCAGACACGCGCACACGCACUGACACACAAAGGAAAGAAAUGCAAUUUGUGAGGCAUGUAAAAAAUAAAUAAUUUCCAUUUUUUCAGAAAACUCAAAGGGCUGUACUAAGAGACUCUUUUUUCACAAGCCACAGUGUGUACGAAACAGGCAACUUUGACUGUGAACUGGCAGCUUGCAUCAGACAUACACACACACACAUACAUAUAUAUACUUUUUUACAAGAUGUGGUGGGACAACAGGACAUGGAGUCCAUUUACUGCUCAGCACUUCAGCUUUGAUUUCAAAGUUUUAUCUCCAGAUCACAUUUGACCACAGAUGAUGCUGGGUGGUGCAGAAAAAGGCCAGAGGGACGCAAGAAAAAACACUGAGAAUCAACUCCUGAAUUAGAAUACAGUUAAUUUAUGAUAUGUGAGGGGCUUUUUUCUUUCAGUCAUGGACCAAAGGGGAAAGAAAACAAGUAUGAAGAAGGAAAAGUGACCUUAGAUCCCUGUGAGCCCGGGGACAAUUUAUUCAUCAAAACAAGAGCACAAGUGGGGGAAGUUAACAGCAAUUUCUUAUUGUCUGCAGGCUUAAUUUGCCAAAGCCACGUGGCAAACAUGUGUUCCCUCUAUUUUUAACAAAACAAGGUUACUGACUAUUUUUUCAAAUGUGACAGUGCAGAAAAAAGUGGACAGCUGAACUCGUGGGACUGUCACCAGGACGGCCGGCGCGCAUCAGACAACACUGCCUUUUGGCGGGCGUCGGUCUUGAACGGACACUCAGGUUGUUUGUAAUGACACUCUUGGCUUUUUCGGCCUUUUAAUGAAAGACACAAUACACGCAGAUGGAACUGGACAGAGCACUCCUUCCAAUGAACUAUUUGGACAUCUAAGAGACAUCCCAAACUGUUUCUGAGUCUCUUGAAAGUGCUCCAGGGGUGAUAUCCUACGGGAGAUGCAUUUGCUGAAAACUGAAGAAGUAGAAAAAAGAAAGAAAGAAUAUUCUUCUUAUUCAACAUUGUUUUCCGGAAACCUGGUUGACAUUUCCAUUGUCUGUAAAGGACGGACGAACAAUGCGAUUACGGAUGUGUAAAGUUAGCCCUAAUUACACCUAAAUGGGGCUUACUGCGAGAGUCAUUUGGCUGAGUCACUCUUUGCCAACGGCACAUCAGCACCA